CUCUAGCCGGCGGGAUCCUCCAGCUGGGUACGCACCCCUGCGCAUUUUAAGCGUCAUCAAUAAACAAAACUGCUUCUGUUCGGCUCAUAAAAAAGCGCGCCGUGUUCAAUUCUCUUAACUAACCCCCAGCUUCUUCAAAUAAAUAUAAUUAACUAAGGGCCAUGUUUUCCACGAUUAAUAAAAUGGAUCAACAGCAAUCGGGGAGUCCAAGCCCUAGAUCUCCGUCAUCGCAGCCUUAUCUAUCGGUUUCGGUGACAGAUCCUGUAAAAUUAGGGAAUGGCGUUCAGGCUUACAUCUCUUAUCGCGUUAUCACCAAGACUAAUUUACCGGAAUACCAAGGGCACGAGAAGAUUGUGAUUCGGCGUUACCGCGAUUUUGUUUGGUUGCGUGAUCGACUUUUCGACAAGUUCAAGGGUGUUUUUAUUCCUCCUCUUCCAGAAAAGAGUGCUGUCGAGAAGUUUCGGUUUAGUGCUGAAUUUAUUGAGAUGAGGAGACAAGGGCUGGACAUAUUUGUUAAUAGGAUAGCUUCACAUCAAGAGCUUCAGCAAAGUGAGGAUUUAAGGACCUUUUUGCAGGCAGAUGAAGAGGCAAUGGAGAGAUUAAGGUCUCAAGAGACUGGUAUAUUUAAGAAGAAACCUGCUGAUUUUAUGCAAAUUUUCAAGGACGUGCAAUCUAAAGUGAGUGAUGUCGUUCUUGGUAAGGAAAAACCUGUUGAAGAAUCGAAUCCUGAAUAUGAAAAGCUGAAACAUUACAUCUUUGAGCUUGAAAACCACUUGGCUGAAGCUCAGAAGCAUGCGUAUCGUCUUGUAAAGCGACAUAGAGAAUUAGGGCAAUCUCUAUUGGAUUUCGGGAAGGCAGCAAAGCUCCUUGGUGCUUGUGAAGGAGAUAUCCUAGGAAAGGCAUUUUCUGACCUUGGAACUAAAUCAGAGGCACUAUCAGUUAAGCUACAGAAGGAGGCACAUCAACUUUUAAUGAAUUUUGAAGAACCAUUGAAAGAUUAUGUUCGUGCUGUUCAAUCUAUUAAGGCUACCAUCACCGAGCGGGCCAAUGCCUUUAGGCAUCAGUGUGAACUGGCUGAAACAAUGAAGUUGAAAGAGAUAAAUCUAGACAAACUUAUGCUAACACGUUCUGAUAAAGUGGGAGAAGCGGAGCAUGAAUACAGGGAGUUGAAAGCAGAGAGUGAGGAAGCGACAAGCAGGUUUGAGACAAUUGUGAGACUGAUGAACGAAGAGAUAGCGCGCUUUCAAGAACAGAAAACAUUGGAUAUGGGGAUUGCUUUCCAUGAAUUUGCAAAAGGACAGGUACGCUUGGCAAAUAGCAUUGCAGAUGCUUGGAGAAGUCUUCUUCCAAAACUCGAAGCAUGUUCCUCAGACUGAUGGGCCCAGCUCUUGCUUUGUAAAAACCAUAGAGUUUGGGAAGUUCUGCUAUUCUGGUGGUGUACAAGCAAAUUUUUGUUUCUUGUACAAAUUUGAAGCCUAGUGAAGAACAACAGGAGCGAAACACAAAAAAUGUUAAUCUAUGUCUUCUACUUUAGAUCCUCUCUUCCACUGAGAUCUUCAAUUCUCCAAA